AUGGAAUUAAACCAAACUAUAAAACUAGCCACAGUUAAUGAUAUUGAAAAUGACAAAAAUAUUGAUACAUUAAGUUUGUUAACAAAAAUGGAUUUGAAAUCAUCAAAUUGUAAACAUGUGAAUUGCAUGAAAAUGAAAAAUAUCAAUUUUGAAGAUUCAUUAAGGAUGAAUGAUGAACAGAUUAAAGUAAAGGAAGCUGUUUUCAUUUUACAAAACAUGGAAAAUUUUAACUAUUCUAUAGGAUAUAGUGAAAUACAAAAUAUAAGAAAUGAUUUAAGAUUAUUUGCUGUAAACAGUUAUCAUGAUAAGAAAUAUUCGGAUUGUUUAAUUCAAGCAAUUCAUUCUUAUAUGAUAGCUAAAAAAUAUUAUUCCAAAUAUUUCGGUUAUUACUUAACUGGUGAUAUGAGCACAGAACUAAUUUUAAUAUGCAAAUGUUUUUUGUUAGUACAAAAAAUUGAAGAAGGUAAAACAUACCUUCAAGAAUUAAAAUUUUUAAUAGAUAACACUUUGUUAUAUACUCAUAGAAAAGGUAUACUUGAUAACAAAGGAUUAAAAAAGGAAGUACCAUCGGAUAACACCAAAAAAAAUGAAGACAAAAAUAAAAAUAAUGAUAAUAAUAAUAAUAAUAAUAAUAAUAAUACAAAUAGCUCUGGUAAUAAUAAUUAUGAAGAACCUGUUAUAAUGUGUGGUAUUCAAGUAUUAGCAAAUAUACUUUACAUAUUUGCAGAUAUGCUAAGCCUAUAUAAAAAUAAUGAUGAAGCAGAAAACUAUUUCUUGAAAUACUUACACAUUAAUGAAAAGUGCUAUAAUGAUGAUAGUCUAAAUUAUAGUGAUGCAUUAAAUGAUGUAUGUUCCUUUUACAUAAAAAUAAGAGAAUAUCAAAAAGCAUUAACUCUUUGUGAAAAAAUUCUGAAUAUCAGGAAAUUGUAUUUUGGGGAUUACAAUGCAGAUAAACCAAGCGAAAUUAUUGCAGAUUGUUAUUGUAAUUUAGGUCUCUUAUAUAGACUAACAGGUAAUGUUGUUGAAUCAUUACAUAAAUAUAUUAUUGCUGUAGAUAUGAGAAUGAGAAUACAUAAAACAAGACAUGUUAUUCAAAUACAAGAUAUUCUUUUUUCCUUUGCAAUAAUUAUGCACCAAUUAAAUAAUUUUAAAAUGGCCUUGCAAUUAUAUAAAGAAGUUUAUUCCUUUUAUAAAUCUUAUUAUGGUCCCAAUGAUAUGAACACUAUUAUGACUUUAAAACUAAUUGAAGAACUGCAGAAAGAUGUAAUGAACAAAUCAGGUAAAAGUAUAAAAGAACAAGAUUCAUCUUGUCCUAUCAUGCCAAAUUAUGUCAAAGAUAAAAUUGAUGACACAUUUAUUAAUAAUAAAAAUGAAAAAUAUCAUCACACAAAUAAAACACAUAAUAAUAAUAAUAAUAAUGAUGAUGAUAAUAAUAAUAUGUGGUGGAAUACAUUUAAUGAAAAAAUCAAAAACAUUUCUAACAAUUUUAAUGAUGUACAUCCUAAUUUAAUAGAACAAAUUAUGAACGAAAAAGUUACAAUAAACACGAAAAAUCCAUAUCAAAACAUAAGUGAUAAAAAAACUUUUUUAACACUACAAGGUAAAGUCACAUAUAAUGAUUUAACAUAUUCAAGUAUUGAUGCUUACAAACAUAUGCAAUCAAAUAAACAAUUUCAAAUUAUUAAGAAUUCUUUUCUUAAUACAUCAUCUAUUAAUAGAAUCAAAUCAUUAUAUGCUGAUUCAUGGAGAAAUACACUAAUUCCAUCCACAUAUAUAUUACCAUUUUUAGAAACAAAAUUAGUUGAUAAAAAUUUAAUGAAAUUAUCAGAAUGUAAAGAUUUCCAAAAUGCCAUAUUAUUUAAAAGGAAAAUCUUACCAAUUGUUAAUAUACCAUUAAUGGAAAGAGGUUAUGUACAAUUACAAAAUGAUCAACCAAUCAUGAUAUGUAAUGAAGAUGCUAAAAUUUUAUUGAAUGAAUGGUAUAUAAAAGAACCUUUUGUAGAUUCUCAAGGUAAAGUUAUUAACAAAUAUGAAAGUCUAGAUGAACAAUUUGAUAUGUUUAUACCUAUAUUAGAUCAAAAUGAUGAUGUCAUGCUUGGAUUCUAUAAUACACCUUUACUUGUACCUAACCCCGCAAUACAUCAUUGUAUUCUUUUAAAUGACCCAAGCUAUUUUGACAAAUAUAAUCGUAUUAAUAAUAUAUUCCCAAUUGAUAGCUUAAAAUUUAAAGAUAAUCUUACAGAUCAUAAUAAAAGUGAUAUUACAAACUCAGAAAGUUAUAAUAGUCUAAAUCACUCGCUUUCAGAAAAUACAGACAGUGAUUCAGAACAUUCAACAAAAAAAGAAAAUGCCCCUUUGAUAAAUAAUUCCAGGGAAAAUGUAUCAUCAUUACAAAAUUUUAAGAAAGAUACCAACACACCAAAAUUUUCGAAAAAAUUUAACCUCAAAUUAAAUGAUCCAAAAAAAGCACUCAAAUUAUCAUUUUCUCAAUCUUCCUCAAAACAAUCUAGCGAAAUAAUCAAAACUAAAAGCUCUGUUAUCUCCAGUACGCCAAACACUUCAUCGAAAAUAUCAGAUAUUAGAACACAAAAUAUUACCAAAACUAUUAAUCAAAAUGACACUCCAAAUAUUAUCCAAAACCAUCCUUCAAAUGGUACCCUCAAAAGUAGUAGUCCAGAUGUUAGUCCCAAUAGUAGUGGCACAAAUAUAACAUCAAAAGAUAAUUCUCUAUCUAAAAAAAUAACAAUUCUAAAAGGUAAGGAACUAACGAAAAAUAAAUCAACCAAUAUUGCCAAAGAUCAAGAUAUAACACUAAAAAUACAAAACAAAACAGAUAACAAAACGGAUAACCAAACAGAUAACCAAACAAAUAACCAAACAGAUAACCAAACAGAUAACCAAACAAAUAACCAAACAAAUAACCAAACAAAUAACAAAAUAGAAUUAUCAAAAGUAAUAGAAGAAAAAAAUCUUACGCUAAGUGAUAUUAUGAUUGGGAAAAAAACUAAUAAAGAUAUUAAAAAUAAAAUUCCAAAGAAAAAAAUACACGUUUUUAAACUUAAUGAUAAUAAUACCAGUAGAGCUACUUCCAAAUUUUCAAGAGAAAAAUAUGCAUUAAAGAAAUUCAGUAAAUUAAAUUCAUCCUUUAAAACAUCAAAAGAUAAAUUGAAAUUAACCACCAAUGAAAAUAAAUCAAAUGAAGCGGAUACUUUAGAAAAAACAAACAGAAAUCUAAAAUUCAAAGAAGAACCAAUUGUCAAAUCAGCCAUGCAUCCUAAUAUCAAAAUGGAUUUAAGAAACAAUAUGAAGAAAUUAGAACAAUAUUCUUUUGUUAAUUUCAAAAGAGAAAUAUAUGAUGAUGACAUUCCAUCUAAUAACUACACAAAUUCAACCAUUUUUUCACAUGAUGAUGAAAAAGAAACGGUCGCUAGCUUUAACGAAUAUAAUAAAGGUACUCAAAGAAAGCAGAAAAAAAGUAUAUUAUCUAAUAGAAGUAGUACUGUUAGUUCACUAAGUCAUGUACAAAAUUAUGACAUUAUUAAAAAAAAAAUAAAAAUAAAUAAUAAAAAUAUAAAUAAAAAUGUAAAUACAAAUACAAGUGCUCAUUUAAAUGGUACAAUUUCUGAUCACAUUACAUAUUCUAGUAGCUAUCUAUCGAAAGAUGAUCAUAAAAAUCAUGAUACAAGUGAACUAAAGUAUUACAAAGAAGACCGAAAUAAUAUAAUAGGUAUUACCGAGGAAUCUAUCGACAAUAAUAAUUAUGAUUAUCAUUAUGAUGACGAAGAAGAUGAUGAUGAUAUUAACGAUGAUAUUGUAGAUAUAUAUAAAUUAUUUGAUUCCCAUUCUGAAUCUAGUUAUUCAAGUGUGAAUAAUUACACUUAUAGAAAUGAAAAAGAAGAUAAUAUUACUUCACUUUCUUCACAAUAUACAAUUGAUCAUGUGAUGAAUAAAAAAGAAAGUAAAAUAUAUAAAAAUAAAUAUAAAAUAUUUUCAGAAAUAGAUAAUGUAGAAGAUGAUACAUUAGAUGAAGCAUCAUAUAUGGAAACGAAUGACACGUAUAUCCAAUCACAUUUAAAGGAUACAAUAAAUAAUAUUAAAAAUGUAAAUAAAGAAGAUAUAUCAUUUAAAUUUACAUAUGAUGAAAAUGAAUUUUUAAAUAAUGAUAACGUAUUAUCAGAUAACAGCUUUGCAUCAAACAUGAUAAAUCAAAAAAUGUUACAAAAUAAAAAAGAGGAAAAUAUAAUUGACAUAAAUAUAAAUCAUGACAACUUAUCUGAUCCAUCCGAUUUUAAUGAAUCAAUGUCAUUAAAAAAAGGAAAAUAUAAACAAGUAAAUGGAAACUUAUAUAAUAAUAGUAGCAAACAUAAAUUGUAUGAUCUUCAUUAUGAUCAAAAUAAUAUUAUGUUAUUGAAUAAUAAUAAAAUAAUUACGAACGAAACAAAAAAUAUAAUAAAUAAUAAUAAUAAUAUUGUCGAAGAAAUGCAAUUAAGUGAGAACGAAGAAUUUUUUCAUGAAAUGAUGAAUGUGUAUGAUUCUGAAAAAUAUAUGGAUAUAGUAUUAUGUGAUAAUAAUGAUUCUACCACGAAAAAUACUACAAAUGAAACAUCGAUUAUGUAUGAUAAUAAAAAUGAGAAGGAUUCACAUUUUAAAAAUAAUGACAAUAAUAUAACCCAUAAUAAUAAUAAUAAUGAUAAUAUAUUUGAGAAAUAUGAACAACCAGAAAUUCUUUUAGAAAAUAUAUUUUUAAGCAGUAAUUCUAUAGAAGAAUUAGAUUCCAAUUUAUUGAAUAAUAAAUAUAAAAAAAAUAAUUCAAAUAAUAUAUAUAGCAUUAAAGCACUAAAUAAAAAAACGGAUCAUCAAAGUAAUAUAGAAUACGAAGAUGAAGCAAACAACAGUUGUAUAUCCAGUAAUAUUAAUUGCAAUACAAAGGAAACAAAUAUAUACCAUAACAAGGAUGAUAAUAAUAAUGUUAAUGUAUUACGUGCAAAUCAUAACAAGAAAAAUAUUGAAAAUAUAAAUAAUGUGUUACAUAUAAAUAGUGAAAAAUAUAAUACAUUAAAUCAUAGUAUUAAUACUUCUAAUUUUAGUAACCCUAUUGAUAGUAAUAAUCAUUUUAAUGAAGCAAAUUUUGAUAGUCCACAAUACAUUGAUGGGAUAACAAAUAAUAAAAAUCAUUCUCAUACUAAUAAUAAUAAAAAAGAAAAGAAAAAAAAAUCUAACUUAUCAUCAUCCUAUAAAAACACACAUAUAUCUAAACUAUUUACAUUUUUAUCAAAGAAAAGAAAAAAUAAUAAUAAUAAUAAUACAAAAAGGAAUGCAACGUCAUUAAAUAAUGUUUAUGAUGAAUUUUUGAAUAACGAUAUAUCAACAAAGGAAAGGAAAAUAUACAAUAAUAAUAAUAACAAUAUUAAUCAUAUCAAUAUUAAUCAUAUCAAUAGUUGUGAUAAUAUUUGUCAAUUAACUAAACCUUUAAAUGAUCUAUUAUUUGACACGAAAACAUUUGAUGGUUCAAACCAUUUUGAUCAUACAAUAUUUGAUAAACAUGAUAAUAUAAAUAUAAAGAAAAAUAAAAAAACUCACUUGUUCAUAACUCAAUCUUCCCAUGGUAUGGAAAAACCAAAACUAUUAAAUAUGAAAGGAAAAACGUUCACACUAAAAAAAUUAAUAGGAAUAAAAAAAAACCUUGGUCCUAAAAAACAACCACCCAUGCAAAACAAGGAAUUAACAAAAAAUGCAAAUAUGAACCAACCAGAAGAACCAAAUGAUAAUUCUGCUAAGGAUGAUACACCAAAUGAAAAUCAGAAUCAUGAAGAAAUCAUUAAUAAUAACCAAGAAGAAAAUAAACAAAUCGAAUUAUCAAACGACAAGGAAAAUCAAAAUCAAAAUCAAAAUGAAAAUCAAAAUAAAAGAAUAUCAUUGAUUAAUAAUGUACAAAAUAACUCUGAAGACAUAACGAAAAAAAACAUAUCUGAAAAGAUGCAAUUAAAAGUUAUUCCAAAAAAAUCUAUGAAUGUAGUAAAACAUAGUACUCUUGAUAAAAUGAACGAAGAUAGCAAAAAUAAUAAUUUACUCAAAAGAAAUAAUAGUGCUCUUAAUAAAGAUGUCCCUUAUGCAAAAAACAUAAAUGAUAAGUUAUCCUUUAAUUUAUUAAAAGAUGUUAAAUUUUGUAAAAUUGGAUACGAAAAAGAUGAUUCUAUGGGAACAUUACCUGUAGUACAUUUACUAAAUGAAAAUAAAAAAGUUAUUGCUAUCGUACCAUGGCAAAUUGAUUUAACAUCCUUUGCUUUAGCAAAAUCUUCUAUAGACGAAGAACAAAUUAGAAAAAUAGGAUUAAUGUACAGAGAAAUUGAUAUACCCUUAGAAGAUCGUCAAAAACAAAUACAAGUAGAAAAGAACCUUUUAUUAGGGGAAGGCUUAAAAGAACUAGGAUUAGGACGGGGAGGUACACCAGGGGUUUCAAGCGGAAUGGGUGUUGCCGUAGAUUCCGGUUCCAUAAAUUUAAUAUCAGGAAUAGAUUUGAAUGCACUCAAGGAGUCAUAUAAAAUUGAAAAGAAAAUUGAAGUCAAAGAAGAAAAGAAAGAAUCUGCACCCAAAAAAGAUACACCCAAAAGUAAAGGAGCACCAAAAGGUGGUAAGGGAGGAAAGAAAGGGCCACCUGCUUUUAUGAAAGGACCUCCAAAAAAUGUAAAAGGUGCAUUGGCAGUUGGAAAAACCAAAUUUUCAAAACUUACUAAAGCAAAAGAUGAAGGUAAAACAAAAAGAUUCUUUUGGGAAGCUUUAUUUGAAAAUGAUAUACCAGGAACUUUAUUUGAAGAUAAAAAAGAAUUUAUAACAAAAAUUGCUAUUGAAAAAGAAAAUGUCGAAAAAUCAUUUGCAAAAGCAGUUAGUAAAAAAGAUAAUGAAAAAGAAACCAAAAUCAAAAAACCAAAAGUUAUACAAUUGUUACCAGAUUCUAAAAGAGAAUAUAAUAUGUCAAUUGCUUUAUCAAAAUUUAAUAAUUAUACAUUUAAAGAAAUUAGAGAUGCAAUUAUGGAAUUAAAUCCAAAAAUACUUAAUAUAGAUAAUACAGAAGUUUUACUACAAUAUGUACCAACACCUGAAGAAUUUGAAAUCGUUAAAGAAUAUAUACAUUCUAAUGGAGAUCUAAACCUAGUGGAUAAACCAGAACAAUAUGUAGCAGCUAUUAUUGGUGUUCCAUUAUUAAAACAAAGAUUAGAAUCACAUUAUUAUGCAUUGUCAUUUAAAGAAAAUUAUGAAAAUACAUUAAACCCUUUAGAAAAUAUAUUAGAAGCAUGUGAAGCAAUUAAGGAUUCAAAUAAAUUGUUUACUAUCCUAUUUACUAUCCUUAAUGUAGGUAAUACAUUAAAUUAUGGUGAUGCACAAAGAGGUAAUGCUUUUGGUUUUAAAUUAAGUACUUUGUCAAAAUUAAAUGAUAUUAGAUCUAGUACUAAACCUGUUAAAACCUUAUUACAAUAUAUUUGUGAAGUCAUUUUUGAAAAAAGUAAGGAAACAUUAUCUAUUAUUGAUGAACUAAGAUGUAUUGAAAAAAGUAUUAAAACAGAUAAACAAACUAUCGAUGCAUUCUUACAAAAAUUAAAAUUAGGUUGUAAUAAAAUUAAAACUGUUCUAGAACAAGCUAAAAAAACACCCACAGAUCCAUUGUGUGAAGCACUUACAGAAUUUUAUUAUAGUGUUGAACCAAAAAUUGUGGAACUAGAAAAUUUCUAUAAUCAAACCUUUGCUGCGUUUAAAGAUAUAGCUCUAUAUCUAGGCUAUAAAGAAAAAGAUAUUAAUACUAUCCAAGUACAAGAUUUUUUUAAAGAAUUAUGGACAUUCAUACAAGCUGUAGAAUUUAAUAGAAAAACAAUUAAUGAAGCAUUACUUAAACAAUUAAAAAAACAGGAAAAAGAAUUAGCAAAUGAAAAACAAGGAACUGUACUUAAAAAGAAACAAAAUUUUACUAUUACCAAGAAACAAGAUAAUGAACAAAAAGAUAAAAUAGAAAAAAAAACAUUCAAAAUAUUUUAA